AUGGAACUAUUCCAUUUAUCGCCAUAUUAUGGUGCUACCAUGACGUUAUUCGUAAUAGAUAUUGUGAGAGCGGCUCGACUUAAGGAGAUUUAUGGAUCCAAAUGUCAAACCAUGUCGCGUGAAGGAUGGUUUAUGAUCAAUAAUCACCCUUUGAAGAAGGUAAAAGUCCGUGGCACUGUGAAAUCCUUGAUGGUGAAGGAAUUCGAUGAUAUACUGAAGAAUUUUGUGGUGUUAAAUAUCGAUGAUUCUUCAGGAAUAGCUCUGAAUAUUGGAGUUAAAGUUGAUGCUAAAUUAUGGUUCCCUCAAUUAUUGGAAUGUGAAGGUAGGACGGUCGAAGUAACUGGUGAGGUUUACUGGUAUUAUCGUAAAGAAAUAGUUUGUGAUACUUUGAUGUUGUUACAGACCGAUCUAGAGGGAGAAAUACGACAUUGGAAGGAAUGUUUCGAAACCCGUGAUAAGUUGAGAAUCCCUUGGACUUAUAAACCCCCCACGAAUAAGGUAAAUUUAAUACCACCAUUUAUGAAUGACGAAAGACUUGGAGGUGGAGAUAUGGAGGUUGAAAUCUUGGAGGCAGGUGAAAAAGACAAAAGAGAUGUAGAUAUGGAUGAAGUGGUGGAGAUAGAUUCGGAGCUGGACUCCGAUAAUGAUCGAGAAAUAGUUAUCAACGAAGUAAUAGAACUAGAUUCAGAGCUGGAUUCUGACAUUGAAGCCUUAUCACCAUCAACACAUCCGACAACACAUUCAAGAACACACUCAACAAGUCCGGAAAUUAAGCUCAUAACCGAAUCACAACUUUUGACGGAAAUCUUGAUCUUUCUACUCAAACGAAAUUGUCAACCAACGUCAUUGACAGAAAUUUAUAACGAUCCUAUGAUCAAUAAUAAACUCAAUGAUCACCUAAUGAUUCAAAUGACGGUUAAAAGAGGUUCAGGAACUCCAUCUGAGAUUUUGAAUCAGAAGUAUCAGCUUUUUCACUAUUUGAGACACGAAUUGGUAAUGAUGAGACUUAUAGUCACCACCAAGUCUCAAAUUGUGUUCCUGAAAGAACUUUCGAAACUUAAAGACUCCGUAAAACUGUAUUUACAUCAAGUUAAAGUAGAAAACCUAUGUUUCAAUGUUGAGAAUUUCUCCAGAAUCUACUGUAAUCAAAACCAUAUAAAUGUUACUAGCAAGAUCUUGAAUGGUAUCAUCGAAUGGAUCAUACUCCAGGAGCGUCAUCUUUGGCGUUAUGAUCGUAAACGAAUAGAAUGGAUCUUUAAUGCAUAA